AUGUUAAUACCACCCGGCGCGGGCAUUUUCUGCUACUGCUGCUGCGGGCUCCUCCGUCCGAGACAGAUGUUGCGAAACCAAGGCCUCCUCAAGUGCCGCUGCCGCAUGCUCUUCAAUGACCUGAAGGUCUUCCUGCUGCGGAGACCCCCCGCGCCGCCGCCGCCCUCCCCGCCGCCGCCGCUCCCCAUGCCCGGCGGCGCAGAGGCGGCGGCGGGGGCCGCACCGCCCGGGGGGCGCGGGCCCGGCUGGCGGGCGGCGGGCGGCGGCGGCGGCGCGGGCAGCCCGGCCGCCGAGGAGUGGGGCAGCCCCGCCGGGGAGCCGCCCGCCUCCCUGCCCAGCAGCACCUCCUCGGAUGACUUCGGCAAGGGCAAGGCCGAGGACCGCUACUCGCUGGGCAGCAGCGUCGACAGCGGCAUCCGCACCCCGCUCUGCAGGAUCUGCUUCCAGGGGCCCGAGCAGGGGGAGUUGCUGAGCCCGUGUCGAUGUGAUGGAUCUGUGAAGUGCACGCACCAGCCAUGUCUGAUCAAAUGGAUUAGUGAGAGAGGCUGCUGGAGCUGUGAGCUGUGUUACUACAAGUAUCACGUCAUUGCCAUAAGCACAAAGAACCCUCUGCAGUGGCAGGCCAUCUCUUUGACGGUCAUUGAGAAGGUUCAGAUAGCAGCGGCCAUCCUGGGUUCCCUCUUCCUCAUCGCCAGUAUCUCGUGGCUCAUCUGGUCGACCUUCAGUCCUUCAGCCAAGUGGCAGCGCCAGGACCUGCUCUUCCAGAUCUGCUAUGGAAUGUACGGCUUCAUGGACAUUGUCUGUAUAGGUCUAAUAAUACACGAAGGGCCCUCGGUUUACCGGAUUUUUAAACGGUGGCAGGCGGUCAAUCAGCAGUGGAAAGUGCUGAACUAUGACAAAACAAAGGACAUGGAGGAGCAAAAAACAGGGACCAGGACAAAUCAGCGCCCCUCCUCCCAAACCACCCACUCAUCCUCCACUGGUGGUACAGCCACUAACUCCGCUCCAGCCGACAGCGGGGCACGGGCUGCCGGCCAUGCCACAGGCACCCUCUCUGACCACCACUGUGCUUAUACCAUCCUGCAUAUACUCAGCCACCUGAGGCCUCACGAACAGAGGAGUCAGUCUAGUAGUAACAGAGAGCUCGUCAUGAGGGUCACGACGGUCUGAGCCGAGGAAUUCAGGAGGCCUUAACACGAAGCGGAGGAGACAAAGAACUCAUAAAGCAGAGGAGCAUGGUGUGCCUUUUUCUUUCUCUUUCCUUUUUUUUUUUUCUUUUU